AUGGGCUUAAUAGUAAUCUUGAUUAACUUUAACACAGAAAACAGAAAAAAUAAUUCGGACAACCCCGGCCGGGAAUCGAACCCGGUUUCUUUUGGUUGCGCACUAAGGGCGCUUCCAGUUAAGCUAUCUGAGACAACGUCCAUAACAACCUUUCAGUCUAAUAAUUUUUUGUUUAACACGAUAGAAAAACACUUAUUAGAAUAUAGUCGAUAUAAUUAUUUAUCAAUACUUAAACUAAUGCAUAGAGUAACUUAA